AUGUCACCCAGAGUAGCAAUUGCAGGGGCGAGUGGCAACCUUGGCCCAGCUGUGCUUAAAGCUCUGCUGAGCGCGGGCUUCGAGGUGACUGUCUUGACUAGGGCUGGAAGUCAAAACAAGGACAAUUUCGGACGAGCACAAGUUGUACCGGUCGACUACAGCUCCUUGGAGUCUUUGACCUCUGCACUGAGUGGUCAUGAUGUAGUCGUCAACACCCUCGGAGCUAUACCUCGAGAUAUACAUCUCAGAUUGGUGGAUGCUGCUGUCGCUGCCCAGGUUCAGCGCUUCAUUCCCUCAGAGUUCGGCUCCGACACAACCAAUGAAAAUGCGGCCAAGCUACCAGUCUACCAAGACAAGGUCGCUGUUCAGAAAUAUCUCCAGGAAAAGUCAAAGGAGUCUGGUGGGAAAUUCUCCUAUACCAUUCAGAUCAAUGGCCCCUUCCUGGACUGGGGUCUCAUGGUCAAUUUCUUGCUGAACUUGGAGGGCCCAGAAGCUGAGCUAUAUGAUGGGGGUGAUAGAAAGUUCAGUACCACUACGCUUUCAGGAGUGGGCAAAGGUGUUUGCGGCAUAAUCAACAACCUCGAGGCCACCAAGAAUCGCACAGUGUAUGUCCGUGAGGCAGAUGUCUCUCAGAAGCAGCUGCUGAAGAUCUCGGGCAAACAACUGGCCACCAAGUCCAUUAGCACGGUAGAGUUGGAGAAGGCUGGUUUCGCGGAACUCAGCAAGCCAAACCCGGACCCAACAGUAUUUGUUUUCAACUUCCUCCGGCGAGCGAUUUUCGGCGAAGGGUUCGGCAGCCUGUUCAGCACCGAAAGUCUUAGCAACGAUUUGCUGGGUGUGGAACCACUAGGAGAGGAGGAUCUCAAGAACCUUGUGGCCAAGUACACAAACUAG